UGACACCGCGGUCCCACAGCAAACUCCCCCCCGCAUACAAACCUCGCGCAUGCGCUCCUUGGUCUCUUGAAGCGCCUUCAGUAAACCUGUUUCGUAACUGUGAUCCUUUAUUGUAUCAUUAUGAAACUAAAACCUUUUUUUGUGUAUAGUUUUAGUUUGAGGGUACGGAAGUGAGCACAACGGAAACAAGCAUUAGCCAGCUAGUAACAGUAAUAUGGAGUUAGACGGCCGGGACUUCAUGAACAGCCCCCCCGUGAAGACCGUUCGGUUCGGGGGCAGCGUGGCGGACACGCUGCACAAACGAGCACAGGUGAUCCGCUCAGUGCCGGGAGACAGUGGGGACUAUGAGAUGCUGAAGCAUCAGCUGGCUGACCCCGAGAUAAAGGAUGCCCAGAUCAUCAACUGGCUGCAGGAGCUCCGGAGUUGUGUUACCCAGCUAACCAAGGACCACGAACAGCUCAUCUCUACGAUCCUGAGGCUUCCAUGGGUGGGCCGGGGCCCGGCUGUGGUGGAAGAGUACAUGGCCUUCCUCGGCAAUCUGGUGUCAGCGCAGACUCUCUACUUGUGUCCCUGCCUCAAAAUGGUCAUUUCCCACUUCACUCCCAAAAGAGUAACCAUCUGUGAAGCAGGAGUGGAUAUCUCUGAUUCAGAUGAUGAAGAUGAGAAUCUCUCAAGAAACUUUGAUCAGUGUCACCAAGCUCUGCAACUCAUCAUCAGAUAUGUUCCAUCGACAAGUCACUUUCUCCUGCCUAUUCUGCAAGACAACUUUCCUUUUGUACAUAAAUCUAACAGAACAAUGGAGUGUUACGUACACAAUCUCCUCAGGCUGACGGUGUAUGUACCAUCCAUUCGCCGAGAUGUGCUGGAUUUAACAAUUGGAAAAGUGCUCAAACUGGAUGUGAGUGUGUGUCGAGCAGACAUUGAAGAGGCAGAGGAGAACCAGAAGGCAGAGGUCCAGUCUGAGGAAGGACUCUUUGAUAUGGACGAGGAAAUGUCAGCGUAUCAGCCGCCCAGGACGGGUGUGAUGGCCCAUCCAGUGGCUGAGAAGCUGGACGCACUCAUGGAUCUGCUCAUGUCUUAUAUCAAAAAUGUCUGCCACACCAAUGGCUCGUUUCAUGUGGAAAAGACGAAGGAGUUGUACAAAGAUUUGUUGAGCGUGUUUGAUAAGCUGAUUCUACCAACACAUGCUUCUUCUCAUGUCCAGUUUCUACUCUUUUACCUCUGCAGCUUCAGACUGGCCCUGGCAGAGGCCUUCCUGGAUCACUUGUGGAAGAUCCUCCAGAACCCGUCUGAACCUCCAGUCAUCCGUCAGGCUGCCGUUGGAUACCUGGGAAGUUUUCUUGCCCGAGCCAAGUUCAUCCCCCUGCUCACUGUCCGGGCCUGUCUGGACCUACUUGUUUCUUGGAUCCAUCACUACAUUGACGGCCAGGACAACAGUGGAAAACAAGUCUGUUGUGACAUCAGUCAGCACGGCCCCUUUUAUGCUGCCUGUCAGGCGGUGUUUUACACACUUAUCUUCAGACACAGAGCCAUAUUGGAGGCCGACAUGAAGAAAGGUCUGGAGUACCUGCAGAGUCUUAACUUGGAGCGGGUAGUGACAUGUCAGCUGAACCCUCUCAAAGUGUGCCUUCCUUCAGUCACCACCAUGUUUGCCGCCAUCACCAGGAAGUAUCAAGUGGUGUUCUGCUAUACGAUCAUUGAGAGGAACAACCGGAACACGCUGCCAGUUGUCCGCAACUCUGCAGGAGGAGACAGUUCGACCACCAACACCAACCCUCUGGACAGCUUCUUCCCUUUUGACCCCUACCUGCUCAAGAGGUCUGGUCAGGUGAUUGAGCCGCUACACCAGGUCUGGGAGGAACUAGAGGACACGGAGCUGAUACCCACUAAAGCAGGUCACAAGGAGGCGAGGGAGGAGGAUGACGACUUCCUGUCUGGGGAGACGCCGCGGACCGACGGUAUCUUUGGAAUGACUCCCAGCUCUUACGAUUCAAACAUCUGCAGUCCAAACAACAUGGGUUCCCCCCCGUCGCUGGUCCGGGACCAGUCUCAUCUCUCACGGACCGUCAUGUUCUGACAGAGACCCGAACUUUCUCCAGGACCGCUUUGUCAAGGAAUCCCAAAUAUUUGGAGCUGAAUCCGUGCUCAGAUCAGAAAGGGACAGUCCAACGUUUCAUGGACGUGAAUUUUCCUUUGAUAAUAUAAUCGACAUUAUUUAUAUGUAUUCCAACUCCACAUCACCUCAUCAACUUAAAACACACCAGCAAGGCACAACUUAGAUGAAUUUUGUGAUCAGUACUCAUUUGUUUUACUGAAUAACACUUGGCAUUGUUCAUGACCGUAGAAGGUCAUGGUCGUGUGUGGAAAAUUAUAAAUAAACACAAACUAGCUUCAUGGAUCAGCUUGUUAUUUUUUUACUAAAUUUACUGAGCCGUACCUUCAUCAGGCAGAUUAAACACCGCUCCAGAGUUGUUGUAUGACUUGUUUUAUUAAUUCUGUUUUUCCUUCUUGGAAGUGUUUUGCACACCAAAGAACAUUGUUUUACAUGCAACCCCUGAGAAGAGGAUAUUUUCCGGACCUGUAUUGCUGUAUAGUGGAGCUGGAAGAUCAAGGCUGUAGACAGGGUUUUAUGUUGAAUAAAACAACAUUUUUCUUCAAGUGACUUCAUCUUCAGUCUCUUGCCAGUGCAAGAAUUCAGUAUUGGUGGCUUGACUUAGCAAAUACUUAUUUGAUCUAUCUGUAGGCUUGUUGAGCUUUCCUUCUUGGUAAUAGAUGUUAUACUGUUGUAAAGUCUGUUUAGUUCCCUUUUUUUUUUCUUUUUUUUUUAAUAUUUUUUUUUUUAGUUCCCUUUUAAAUGGUUCCAAAUUUGUAAGAAACGUGCAUUUGCAGAAGCAACAGAGCUGAGUAUGUGUGAUUGUGUUUGUGUGACAAAUGACAAAUUUGCCAGAUCUUCUCCGCCAAACAACUUUGACUCUUGUUUGGUGGUUUGGAUGAUUGAAGUUUGAAGAAAAAACACAUAUUGACAAUUUAUCCAAUGAACUAACAGGAGCCUCAGUUGUAUGUGUGGAAGAACCAGUUGAGGGUAGGACUGCUGGCACGUCUUCAUCAUCUCCACUCCCAGAUUCUCAGAUAAAUCUGCUCUUUUUUAUUGCCCACCUGGCCCUGCUGCUGCAUUUUUUAUGGAUUUUAGUGAAUUUUUAUCUUCAAUAAUCAAGUUGGAAAAAGUUUUGAUAGUUGGUGAUUUUUAUAUUAAUGUUGAUAACAGCAAUUCUUGUGCAGGAAGGGAACUUUUAACACUACCUAACUUUUAAUUUUGAGCAACAUGUUUCUGGCUCCAGCCACCAAGAGGCUUGACUUAGUUUUUUCUCUUGGCAUCAACGUUACCAACCUUUGUGUAGAAGAUUAGUGAUCAUUCAGUGCGUUUACAUGGGAAGUUUAAUUCCUCUUAAAUUUAGAAUUAAAUUAAAUCUGAUUUAAAAUGAGUAAAAAUUACCAUGUAAACACCUAAUUCCGAAUGAAAAUGGCCAUUCCGAAUUAAACUUAAUUCAGAAGUAAGUGGCUGGUUUAUUCAGAUUUUAAAUCGGAAUAGAAUAAUUCCGCAAUCAUGUAAACACUCAUUCUGCUUUAAAUUAAUUCCGGUCUUUCUGCGCUGCUCGUUCCCUUGCCCGUCUGUCUCCAUGACGCUUAUAUUCCGCGCUGUCAUGGCUUACAGCUUAAGAAAACUCAAAUAUCCUAUCUCAAAAAAUUUGAAUAUUCUUGGAAUCUUAAUCUUAAACUGUAAGCCAUAAUCAGCAAUAUUAAAAUAAUAAAAGGCUUGCAAUAUUUUAGUUGAUUUGUAAUGAAUCCAGAAUGUAUGACAUUUUUGUUUUUU